AUCGAGCAGCAUUCGUCCGUGUGCCUGGAUCUGGGCAGCGUGUGGACCAUCACAACAGUCAAGUGCGCGUCGUUACAUCACAACAUCCAAUUCUGAGUUCGGUUUUAGUUGCGCGUGAACUGUUUGAAGAUGCUGAUGUUCCGGUUGGGCAUCCUUCUGGUGUCCUGUGCACUUCACAGCCGAUGGAUCGGAGCCCACGAAAUUAGGAGCACGCCCGUCCUCGGCCAGAACGGCACCCGCUGCUACGACAGCUUCAAUAGGCCUCAGAGAUGCAUUCCUGCCUUCGAGAAUCCUGCCUUCAACAAUCUUAUAGAAGCUACGAACACGUGCGGCGAGAAUGGACCGACUCCUUAUUGCAUACAAACGGGAACGUCGAUGUCCUCGUGCGAUGUCUGCACAAGAGGACAACAUUCUGCAGAAUUCCUCACCGACAGCGAGGAUACACCCACCUGGUGGCAAUCUGAAACCAUGGAGGAUGGCAUCCAAUAUCCGAACGAAGUCAACUUGACUUUACAUUUGCGGAAAUCGUUCGAUAUAACAUACGUUCGACUUUGGUUCCAUUCCCCAAGGCCCGAGAGUUUCGCCAUUUACAAAAGAAGUUGCGAGGAUUGUCCUUGGAUUCCAUACCAAUAUUACAGCGCCACUUGCCGAGAUACUUAUAGUUUACCUGAUUCCAAUAAGAUUUCGCGCGGGGAUGAAACCAGGGCUUUGUGCACUUCGGAAUACUCGGAUAUUUCACCUUUGAAAGAUGGAAACAUUGCUUUUGCCACUUUGGAGUUUAGGCCUUCCGCUUACAACUUCGAUUCCAGCCCUGAAUUACAGGAAUGGGUAACAGCUACUGAUAUUCGCAUUACUUUAAACCGAUUGAACACUUUCGGUGAUGAGCUUUUCUCUGAUACUUCUGUUCUUCGAUCUUACUACUAUUCAAUCGUUGAAGUCUCGGUUGGAGCUCGAUGCAAAUGCAACGGUCACUCCUCCGAAUGCAUUUACUCUUCGGAUCUAGAUGGAUCACAAAACAGGGUUUGCAAGUGCGAGCACAACACGGCAGGUCCGGAUUGUGAAGUGUGUCUUCCGUUCUUCAACGACGCUCCAUGGGGUAGAGCUUCUGAAAGGAACGCGAAUGAAUGCAAACCUUGUAAUUGCAACGGGUUUUCGCAAAGGUGUUUCUUCGAUAAGGAGUUGUAUCAAAGGACAGGACACGGCGGACAUUGUUUGGAUUGUCUUGCUAAUCGAGAUGGUCCGAAUUGCGAACGUUGCAAGGAAAACUAUUACCAAAGGGAGGAUCAAAGUUGCAUUGCUUGUAAUUGCGAUCCGGUCGGAUCGAGGAGUUUGCAAUGUAGUUCCGAAGGAAAAUGUCAGUGUAAACCGGGUGUGACUGGAGCGAAAUGCGAUCGCUGCGAUGCCAAUCAUUACCAAUUCGGGCCGAACGGAUGCAAAUCAUGCGGCUGCAGUAUCGAAGGAUCUUCAAAUAACCAGCCGAGCUGUGAUCCGUACACUGGAAUUUGCUCCUGCAAGGAGAACGUCGAGGGUAAAAGGUGCAAAGAAUGUAAACCGGGUUUCUUUAAUCUGGAUUCGGAGAAUGAUUUCGGGUGUACACCAUGCUUCUGUUACGGACACUCCUCCGAGUGUGUUUCUGCUCCGAGUUAUUCUAAAUACCAAUUGGUGUCUGCUUUUACCAAGAGCAACGAGCGCUGGAAGGGUGUGGACUCUAACAAUCGAAGCAUUGCUUUGCAGUACAACGGGUUGACUCAGUCGAUUGGAGCCACGUCUCUAGGGAGUGAGGCUGUGUACUUCUUGGCUCCUGACAGAUACCUUGGGGAUCAAAGGGCUUCGUACAAUCAACUGCUCACUUUUACACUGAGGAUAGGUGAGAAUCGAGCGAUUCCGACGCCCACCGAUAUUAUACUUGAAGGCGCUGGAACUUACAUCACCAAUCACAUUUUCGCUCAAGGAAAUGCAGUUCCAUCACUACAAAAUUACGAAUACACGUUCAGGUUACACGAAAGCCAUAUUUACGGAUGGUCACCGAGGCUAUCUGCAAGAGCUUUUAUGUCCAUACUUACUCAGUUAACUGCAAUUAAAAUUAGAGGUACUUACUCUCCGGGAGGCGUAGGUUUCUUGGCUCACGUUAAAUUGGAAACGGCUUCAAGGGGAGUGGCAGGAAGAUCAGCACAUUGGGUCGAACAGUGCAGAUGUCCACAAGGCUAUGUGGGACAAUACUGCGAAUCCUGCGCCCCUGGAUACAGACAUUCUCCAUCGCUCGGAGGACCAUUCAUGCCGUGCAUUCCUUGCGAUUGCAACAAACACGCAGAGAUUUGCGAUUCGGAAACCGGAAGAUGCAUCUGCCAGCAUCACACUGCUGGUGAUAAUUGCGAGCGAUGCGCCAGAGGUUAUUACGGAAACGCGUUGAGCGGAACCAAUUCGGAUUGUCUUUCGUGCGGUUGUCCAAACGGCGGAGCUUGCAUUCAACUCGACGAAGACACCGUUUGCGUCGAAUGUCCAGUAGGAUACACCGGACACAGAUGCGAUUCCUGCUCCGACGGAUACUUUGGAGAUCCGAGCGGCAGAUUCGGACAAAGAACACCUUGUCAGCAAUGCGACUGCAACUUAAACAUAGAUCCAAAUGCGAUUGGAAACUGCAAUACUACGACUGGAGAGUGUUUGAAAUGUAUUCAUAAUACCGAAGGCUACAAAUGCGAUAGAUGUUUGUCAGGAUUCUAUGGAGACGCAUUGUCUUUACCAAAAGGGGAUUGCCAACCUUGCAGAUGCAUGCCUCAUGGUACAUUCGAAGGAAGAGAUGGUAAUUUGAUGUGCGAUCAAUUCACAGGAUCCUGCAAUUGCAAGCCGCACGUGCACGGAAAGAAUUGCGAUUUGUGCGAAGACGGUUAUUACAAUAUUGUGACUGGAGAAGGUUGCUCAUCCUGUAAUUGUGAUUCUGUUGGUUCUUUCAAUCACACUUGUAAUAUUUACAGUGGACAAUGUUUUUGUCGUCCAGGAAUUACAGGUUUACGUUGCGAUCAAUGCGAGACUAACAAAUAUGGAUUUUCGGCGGAAGGAUGUAGAGAUUGCGAAUGCGAUGGUAUCGGUUCUCAAGACAUGCAGUGUGAUUCGCAUGGGCAAUGUCCGUGCCUGGAGAAUGUCGAAGGCAGGAAGUGCGAUCGUUGCAAAGAAAACAAAUACGAUCGUCAGAGAGGUUGCGUCGAUUGUCCCGAUUGUUACAACUUGGUGCGUGAUGCUUCGCGUCGUCACUUGAUGAAGAUCCAUCAAUUGCGCAGCAUUUUGGAUGAGAUCGAAAGGAAUCCUACCGUAAUCGAUGAUCGUAGCUUUGAAAAGAAGUUGCAGAAAAUCCAAGAUGAAGUUUUGGAUUUAAACAAUAGAGCUAAAGCUGGUUUGGGAACAGACGAUAAAACGCUUGAAGAAAAAUUAGACGAGAUCAGUAAAAGGCAGGAGGAAAUAUCGGAAAUCCUUGAAGAGAUCAACGAAAAUAUUCUUCUAGCCAAACAUCAAGAUGGAUUUGCGCAAACGAACAUAACGGAAACCGAAAAUAUACUCAAGGAUGUGAGUUUAUUAAUUGAGAAUUCGCUAGAAACUGUGUCAACACAAGGAAAACUUGCGCUAGAAAGAGCGCAAAAACGCGCGAAAUUAUUUGGUCAGCAAUCUGAGAAUAUGACGAAAAUCUCUUUGGAAGCUCGUAAACUUUCCGAUGCUUUGGAGAACGAGGCCGCCGAUAUUUUAUCGGUGUCCGGAGAGGCUAAAAUCAAGUCCAUCGAAGCUUACGAUCUCGCAAAGAAUUUGACGGAUCAGAAAAAAAAUAUCACGCAAGAGAUUCGCUCUUUGAACAAUGACAUUACCAAUACUGAGGCAAAGUUAGAAAGGGUUAAGCAGUGGUCUGUGGAUGCGCAUAAGAAGUCGAGCGAUAUCAAGAAUAGCGCCCUGAGUUUGCUGAACGAUGCGCAAAAUUUGGUGGUGCCUGAAGUGGAUAUUGAUAAACUGAAGAAAGAUUCUGAUAUUGUUAACGUUGAUGCAAGGGCUAUUUUGGAUGCGACAGAAGCUCUUCUUGCUGAUAACGAGAAAAUGUUGGAUGAAAUCGACGAGCAAUUGAAUAUAUCCACAGAAUUGCUUAACAGAGGAAACGACCAGGAAGAGAGUUUUAACGAUCUGAAAGCUGACUUUGAUCUGUAUAGAUCACAGGCUGAGAACGCCGUCAAACUUGGUGAUAACACCUUAAACGAUGCCCAGGCUAUGUAUGCUACUUUAAGCGAGUUCGAUAAACAGGUCCAGGAAAGCAAGGAAGCAGCUCAGCAAUCCCUUCGGGAGAUUCCUGAGAUUCGCGCUCUAAUCGAUGAAGCGAACGACAUUAUAGGAGAUGCCCAGAAGUUGUUGCUCGAUGCCAAAGAGAACGCCGAAAGUGCGUUAGAUCGGGCGAAGAACGCAAGAGAUCUUGCCAUUCAAGCUACGAAGGAUGCCGAAAACGUCAAACUGGAAGUGGAAGUGAUGAGCAACAAUGCGACCGAUCUGAAGACGGAAGCCGAAUUAAUGGCGGAUAGAGUUGAGAACACUGCAAACGAAUUCAGAAGAUUACUGGAGCAGACCGGAAGCAACGAUACUUUACUCAACUUAGCCAAAGACAAGGUUGGAAUAGCACAAAAAGAUUCGCAAGAUGCAACUAAGAAGGUGCAUGAUAUUUUGAAGGAAGUGGAGGCAAUCGUCAAGGAAUUGGAUAAUUUACCCGACUUCGAUGAGGAAGAGUUGAAUCGGUUGGAGCAGAAUUUGAGGAAUGCCGAGCAACGUGUGAAGGAUGCCAAUUUGGAGGAGAUAUUGAGAAAUCUUCAGAUCGAACAGAAGGAACAAAACGCACUUGUCGAAAGCUACAACGAGGAGAUCAAACGUCUCUCGAAGGAAGUGGAGAAUAUUGAGCAAAUCGCCGCCGCUCUACCGGAAGGAUGCUUCCGGAAAUUUGUACUGGAACCGUAAUUCAUUUCACAACACAACUAAUCUCUCUGUGUAUAUAAUAUUGUAUAUAACAUUUAGUGCAUAGUUUUUUUUAUACCAAAGCAACAAUAGUCACGGCUGGAAUUGAAAAGUAAGAAUUAUGUAAUUUUUCUUCGCGCAUUUAAAUUAAAAAGAUUUUUUUUUAUGAAAUAA